AUGGCUUCUCCGGUUAGAAAACCCUUGAUAUGUUCCCUCCAGGCUCCUCUCAAAAUUGGUGUCGACAAAAACUGGGCAAAUUUUAAUUCUGGUUAUAAAGUCAUUCAGGUAAAUUUCCCAAGUUUAAUAACACCAGAGGUUGAUGAAAUUCAUUUUAAGAAUAACUACACUGCUCUCCUUUCCAUUAAAGUAAAAUUCCAUGAGCAAACAGAAGCAGAAUCUGGGAAAUGGAAGACUUGCUUGAAAAGAUACAAGCUGAUGCCUCAUCCACAUACUGAAACUGGAUCCCAAAGCAGCUUUGUUGUCAACAACAAACAACUGACAUGUGACCUCAACAAUAUACUGGCUUUGAAGUUUAUCCUUCAGCAACCUUCUCCUGUUUGGUUGGAUUUUUCAAUCACUGAUGUUAAAUUGUAUAAAAAUAUACGAGUGAGUCCUGAGACUCCUUAUCAGAACAAUCUUUUUUCCAAGUGGAUGAAAGAGGAAGAAAAUAAAAAUGACAAUCCUAAAAAGCUUGACCUUGAUGUUGCAGCCAUCUCCUCAACAAUGCAACAAAUGUGGGCUCUCACUCAGCAGAUAUCAAAUGUCAAAUGUGAUACAUCACUAGGAAGAUAUGAGAUUGAUGGAAUAUAUGACAUAAAUUUGCUGACCUGA